GCCCUCCGAAAGUGAGUAGCCCCAACCAGUAUGGCGUUGAAGGGGAGCAGGUGCGCGUUGAGUGCGUCAUCACUUCCGUUCCGCCACCCACCAGGGUUGCCUGGUCCAGGAAUCUGCAGCUGGUUGACAUCGACAACAACCAGGGCUACGAAAUCAUAAAGGAGCCCCUGUCGAACGGCCUCAAGAACUUGCUGAUCAUCCAUAAUGCUGCCGAAGAGGACUUUGGCCAGUACAACUGUUCCGUGUGGAACCAGUUUGGCUACGACACGAGGCUCAUCACUGUUAGGAAACAAAAAAACCUUCCCAUGGUGAUCAUCCUGGCUGGGGUCAUUGGAAGCAUCGUGCUUGUCGUGACCGUGACGAUCUCUAUUAUCCUCUGCCUGCGAAAGAAAAACAUUGUCAAAGAUGAUGACUUCAACUCUGAAAAGAAGGGGAAGCAAUCAGACUCUGCAUCCUCUGGAGACUCGGACAUUAAAGUGGAAAUCAGAACAGCGUCGUCAUUGUCCAAUAACGAGCAUGACCGCAACUGGGAGGACAAUAGUGAAUCGGCACGAACACAUGACGCAGCGGAUAUCUACAAGUACGCCAACAGUGCUGCCGACUACGGAGACGCGACUUUUCCCGCGAAAUCGGAGGCUCAAAACAACAAUGGUUACAUCCCGUACGUGGACUACUCGCGCGACUACAAUCCACCGCCGGUGGCAGCGUCACUGCAGCUGAACGCGAGCCGCGACAGUGGCCUGUACGGCAGCUCACCGCAAUCGCUCAACGACCUGGGCCAGGGCAUCGACCCGCGGUUUCGAGCGGGGUACGCAAACCCAUACCUGCGCACCUCGCAGUCGAACCUUCCACCUCCUCAGGGCGUGUACGUCAGCUCAAGGGCCAUGCCGUCGGUCGUCGCUAAUACUGCCGGCAUACCCGGUGCUUCGUGCGCAACAUUGCCCCAGAACAGGUACAUCACAUCGCAACAGAGCCAUGUCAAGCCGGGCACGCUAGCCACCCAUGUAUGAUGGCAGGAGACCUCGAUGUAAAUAGGACUUAAGCUCUCCACGAAGCAACCGAGAGUGUUGUGUGCCCCUCGCUGCGGACAUUGUGUGGACAGUGAGUGUGUGUGUGCGGGGAACUAAUGCUAGACCCUGUGGAAAACGAAGAAAAAAAAGAAAAGAAACGGACGCUGAUGGUGCGAGCCCACGAAGUGUCGUAUUUCCGAAGUGACUCGUGGUGCCACCACAUUUGCGGUGUUUCAAGUCAGGAACCAAAGAGCUGUUAAUAAUUGUAAUUGUUCAUGUGAGUGUGCAUCAGUGUGUGUGUGUGCGCAUGCGAGUGUAUCUGUCAGUGCAUGAAGUUGUCCCGUUUCCCUGACUAGAUUAGAAACAAAAAAUAAAAGCAAGGCAAGGGUAGCCUUAUUUAUUAACUUGAGUAGUGUGACCUUGCGGUGUUUCUAGCGUAGUACUUCAUCAUUGCGUCCUGAUCCGAGAGUGAUCCCUUCUUUUGCUUUAAAGACUGACCUCUCAUCAGUAGUUGUGUCCAUAUUUUGCAGCACACCGAACCUUUCAUGAAAUACUCCGCUUUUCAAAUGCUGGCAUGUAGGAACUGCAGUUAAGCCCUGGGUUUUUUGUGAACAUACAGCACAAUCACUGCUUUCCUGUUUUUUUUUCUUUCUAUCAGUGGCUUAAAAAAAUGGCCGCUCUUUGCUUGUCUCACAUUAUUCUACAUGCAAUAACACACAGCCUGCAAGUAACAUGUGCCAUAUACAGUGAUGUGUGAUGUGUUGUGUGCAACGUAUCUUGCAGAGUUGUGGGCGACAGACACUCCAGCGUAUUUCACUACAGUCUCGAAGGAAAGCGCUGAGUGGAGGAGAUGUGAGAGAGCAGCGUUUUAGAGUGAGGCUUAACGAAUAGGGUGUGAGGAAGCGUAACACUUGCGGCCUGAGUUUAACCAGGAUGCAGUGGAAAUCAUUACUACACUAUAAAACGGGCAUUACCGAGUUUUUAACGUUGAUGAUUUUUGAAGCAGCAUGUAAAAAAAGCAAUGGAAAUAGCCUGCUUAUUCUUUGCUCGAAGUGAAAUGUGUACGUUUAUGUUCAAGCAACGUCCUGAACGUUAAAAUAUUGACCUAAUAAAUUGCCAUGAUGCCUCCUGAAGAUUCUCUAGGAUAAUGAGUUCUGCAGAAGUUUGGAGGAAAGGUACAUUAAAACAUAAAACUGACACAAAAUGUACACGCAUUUUCAUUUCUGGUACUAUUAUCAUCCCCGUGCUCACGUCAAAACUUAUCUACUUGCAGGGGUUGUCAUGCACGCUGCAUAAAUUGCCACACAAAAUAUGUCACCUGUCUGAAGCAUGUAUUUUGAAGGCAUGCUUCUGCACAGUGCAUUUCUGGUUGUAACAUAAGUGCUCAGUUUCGUUGGAUAUUACAAGUGGCCUUCUAAGCCUAACUGGUUGGCUGGUGCCAAUUCGAGUUGGUUAUACCCUCAUCAGUGUUGUACAUAACAUUGAUUUCAGUGGGCGUGUUCUUUCAAUGCUUCCUUCGUCAGAUUCUUCCCAUUGGCGACACUGUGAGUAUGUCGUGUGCCUGAUAAAACAAAGGGGGGGAGGAGGAAAAGCAGGACUUGUCUCUAUGCAAGCGUGGUGUCCCAAUAAGAUACAUCUCUAAUUAGCUUGCAAAGCGGUGAUCAACUUAAAUUUUGACUGUGGCCCUUCGUAACGUCUCUAAACUGCGUGGAUGUGUGUGAAAUGUUUUGUGGUGUAUACUGUAUUGUAAACCGGACUGCCAUACACGCCACAGAGGGUGCGAGGAGCAUUGUGGCAAGUCUACUGAGUCAUUAAGCAUGCCAGAGAAAAAGAAGUUUCGGUGCUAAAAAAAAGUGUCCUGCUCCUUUCCCAAGAUGGUAUUACAUAAAGCACACUAAGCCGUGUGUUGCUCGCUUACUACUUUUGUUUUUGUUUUUUUUUUCAUUCUUUUAUUUCUGUGACCUUGACUGUAGCUCUUAGCCUCCCAGCUUUCUGCUGUGUGACGGAUGGAAACUGGGGAAGCGAAACCAUCACUGUACAUACGAAGCACUACCCGGCGUUAUGACAAAUCGCACUUCUUCAAGCUUCGCGCUCUACCGUCUCCUUUGUAUCGUUUGUUUGUUUACCUGAUAGCGUCUGUACAGAUAUUUGCUGAUGAGAAUUUGCUCACUUUAUGACGGUGAAACAAUUGUGUGUGCGUGUUAAUUAAACCUAUAUGAGAGUUUCAGCGAAAUA